UUCAUAUUUAUGCAUUUUUCUAAUUUAUGAUUCGAUGUGAAUUUUCGACAUUUUCUGCACGUUCGAAUAGUAAUUCGGCAUAACACGUGGAGACGUGGAGUCAUUGAUGGUAUUGCUCGAGAUCUUUUUCUUAUACCUAAUUAAGUAUUAUCAAGAACGAAUUAAAUGAUGGCGCAUUAUGAAAUUGAUAAACUUACGAAAAAUGUAUCAUCCAACAGCGGCGAAUUCACAUUAUACGUGAAUAACUUACCCAACGAAUUAAAUGAACAUGGUUUGAUGCAAAUCUUCAAUCAUUAUGGCUAUGUAAAAGGACACUUUUAUCGUCCAAAUGCCAGCUGGGCUUUUAUUACUUAUAAUACAUACCAAGAAGCAGAAAAUGCGAUAAAAGAUUUACAUGAUGUAUUACCAUUACGCUUAAAAGUAUCAUUUGCCAGAGAAAAGGCAUCUAAUGAAAUACAGUUUCCGAAGGGAUCUGAUUCUGAACAUGUUAUAGAAUCUCACGAUGACAAAAGCAUAAAAAAUACUAAUUAUGCAAGAAAUGUUCCUCUGCAAGCAAAAGGACGAGGUAAACUUUUAGAUAUAGUUAAAAAAGCGGAACCAGGAUUACCCACAUGCACAUACACAACUGACAAUGAUUUAUUAUAUCCAUAUCCUCCAGAUCCAUAUACAUAUAAUCCGUAUGAAAAUACAGAUCCUUAUGGAAGUACCAAUGCAUUAUGGACAAGAGGUCAACUAACUAUUACACAAGAUGGGAAAAGACAUGUCUCAUUAGGUAGGGGCUAUACAAUGUAUGAAGUCCCAUAUCCUGAACCUGAAAUUCAAAAUCAUAUUCAGAAAGUAUAUGAAAAACGUACUAAUGGAUUGUAUGAGUAUGGCAGAGACACAUUACAAGAUGCAAUUGGGAAUUGUAAAAAAUGUCUUAGAAAAACAAAAUUUACCUGUGAAAGAUGUCACACCUACUAUUGUGGUAGAACUUGUCAAAUUUCUGAUUGGCAGCAGCAUAAAAUGGAAUGUCAAAGUAUACCAGUCCUAGUGCCAGCAACAGCGCAUUCUACACCUAUAUCACGACCGAAUAAUGAAGAACAAACGCCUUCUAGGAAUAUCACUCGUGUUCAAGUACCUCUUCGACAACCGAAAAAACUAAUGAACGCAAUAACAUCUUCAAACGAAAAUAUUAAUACCGUUACAAGAAAUGAACGCAAGAAUAAUAUAAUUUCGGCAAAUGCUAAUCAUGUUGUAGAUCAUAAAAAUGAAGAAGAAAAAAAACCAACUCUUGCAUAUAAUAAAAUUAACUCUCCAUCUAAACAAGUUGAUAAUGAUAAACAGUUGAAAACUGAUAAUAAAUCAAUCCCAUUAAAUUCUAUUAGUCAUAUGAGAAAACCACUUGAAAAACAGAAUGAUACUGAAAACUCAGAAAAAUGUGCCAAGAAGCCACAAACUUUAGGUGUAACUGAUGUAAAGAAGAUAGAGGAGGAUAUAGCUUUUUCUGAAUAUACAUUUUUAUCAAAAUCUAAAUUUUCCGACGUAAGAAUAAUCAUAAAGUCAGAUCGUGAAUAUUGGAUUCAAAAGGUGACAGACGAUAAUGAUCUUAUACAAUUAAUGAAUGAUUUACAACAUGAGGCAGAAAAUGCACAAAAAGUUGAAGCAACAGUCGGUGUUCUUUGUGCUGCACAAUACGAAAAUGUUUGGCACAGGGCUAUGGUUACAGCAUUGGAUCCUUUAAAAGUACAUUAUAUAGAUUACGGCAACGUUGAGAUUGUAAAAACAAACGAUCUGCGUGAAAUUAAUAAGUUUAAACAUAUCCCAAGAUUUUGUGCUAAAAUUCGUUUGUCAGAAAAGGCAAACAAAAAACAUAAAGACCUCAAAUAUGAGGACGUAAUAUCAGUAAAGAUGAUAUCAGUGGAUUCAAAUAAAGUUAUUAAUGUUGAAGUUGAAGGAGAGAACGAUAUAUUGACACCAGAAGUAACUCCGACAAAAACUCCGAUAAUACAUACUUCAACAACCGCAGAAACUAAGAAUAAUAAAACUUUGGAUUCGCAAAAAGUUCCCAGUAAUAAAGAAGUGUCAAGUCCAGUAAGCAACUUAAAAAGUAUAGUGGACACUAUGUGUGUCGGAGACAUAGGCAUUUUAGAAAUUCAUGCAGAAUUAAGUAAAAAUACUUACAGUAUAACGUUAUUACCGCAUAAUGCGAUAUCCGAUUAUGAGAAACUCUUAAAUGAUUUACCUGCAAUGUGUGCAGAAAUAGCAGACAAAUCAGAUCAUAGACCACAGAUAAGAGAUUUAAUAUGUGGCCAAAGACUAGAUGGUGAUUGGCUCAGAGGAUAUGUUUUAUCCCUUGAAACUCCAUUGAAAAUGGCAACAGUAGAUGAAGCUAGGAUGACUGUAAUUAAUAAAUCUGUACCAUGUUCUGAAAAGUUUUUAAAUAUUUGUGCAUUUGGUGCAGUGUGUGAAAUAAUUGAUGCUAAACACAAAUUCAAUGAAAGAGGUCACUAUGAGUUUAAAGUGACAGCACAGAAAAUUGAUAAAAAAGAUGGAAUUGAAAUAGAGCUAACAAAAGAACAAGAUACAAUAAAAGCUGUUGUGAAGCCUUGGACACCACUACCUGAACAGAAAGGAUUACAAUAUGCUGAAUUAAAAAGUGGAAGCGAGGUAUGCUUAACUGCUUUUCGAAGUCAUACGAAUUUAUUCGCCCGGUCUUUAAGCACUCCAGAAUUAGAACAUUAUAAUCGCAUUAUGCAAAGUGUUGCAAAGUGUGCUCAAACAGCUCCAUCUUUGAAAGAAUUACCAGUUGUUGGGCAAAUGGUAAUAGCUCAGUAUACUGAUGAUAAUUAUUAUCGUGCUAUUGUUACUAAAGUACAAGAUGAGAAAGUUGCAAUUUCUUACGUUGAUUUUGGAAACGUGGACAUCACAAACAUAAAAAAACUUAAAAUUUUAAGCGAUGAUUUAAAGCAGCUUCGAUCUUGCACAAGUAAGAUCGUUUUAAAAGAUGUUUCUCAAGAUGUUCCUAUGACUCAAAGAGUAAGCAACUAUCUCAGCUGUUUAGUAGGAACUGAAGUUCCUUUAACAUGUACCUUUGAUGGAAUACCUUCUAAAGAUGGUGUGUAUCUUAAAUUACACGAUGGAGGUUGUGUUAAUACAAUAAUAAAUGAAAUGAUAGCACCGCCAACACCAAAAACUGCAGAGGAAGAUAAAACAUGCUAUAUGAUAAAUGAUAUAAACGUAGUUAGCUUAGGAAAUGUUGGAGACACCAUUGAAGUUCUUGUGUUACACAGUAUCGAGGAUGGUUACAAGUAUACAGUGUGUCCAGUAGAUUAUGAUUUAAUAACUCAUGUUUACGAUAUAAUGCCUAAACAGAUGAAAACAUAUUGCGAAGCAAGCGAAUACUAUAUUCCUCGUGAGAAAGAGCUUUGUCUAGCACUUUACGAAGGUGAGUGGUACCGUGCAACUUGUAUCAGUCGCAGCGAAACGAUUACGACAAGUUCUGUUUUCUUCAUCGAUUACGGAAACGUUGAGAAUGUUGAUCAUAAAAAUAUAAGACUUAUGCCAAAAGAUUUUAUUACUCCCGAUGCGCUUGCAAGUAUUUGUAAUAUAAUCAAUGCAGGGCCGACUGAUAGUAAUGGACGAUAUUCUACUGAAGUGGAAAACAAGAUUUGUAAGUUUCUUGUUCCUUCUGAAUGCAUUAAAAUUAAAAUCAUCGAAUGUGAUGAAGAAGCUGGCAUGUAUAAGGUGGAGUUAAUUAAUUUAAACUGACUGGCAGCUAUAAGAGACAUAUAAUAUGAAUCUCUUAUAUAAUAUAAAAGAAAUUUGAAGAAUUUUA